AUGCAAGAUUUUAUGGACUCUGAUGAAAGCCAAACCUCAAUUCCUAUAGAAGCCAUUACAGAAUUAUUCUCCUCUAUGAGUGUUUCGCCUUAUACUGACGCAGCAGUAGAUACAGAGUUAAAAAAGGUUAAUCUGUUUGAAGAUUAUGCUAUAAAAUAUGCAAUUAGUUUGAUAAGUUCUAGUAGCAGCAAUCAGCAACUUGAGCUCAUAUACAUAAAAUGGCUGGUGGCAAACGGCUUGCCCUCUGCAUGGUGGGUGCCCUUAUGUAUAUCCGGACUUGGUUUUUAGUGCAAGGAGCUGCCUAGGGGUGUAGGGGUGUAGGGGUGGGCUAGCCUUGAAACGAGAGGUUUAAAACUAUUUCUACUGAUUAGUGGUGGCUAGAGCAGCAGCCCUUUUCAUCAUUUUAGCUAGUAGAGGUUGGAUGUCUGAUAGAGAUAGGAAAACUUGCCUAAGCUGCUUGUUGCUUAUCCUGCGCAGCGUAAGCAGUUAACUUUUUCUUUGGAGCUGAUUCAGGAAAAAUGAGGAAGGCAGGGCUCACCAAAGAUUUUCAGGGUGAAAGUCUCCAACAAAAGGUCCCUAAUUAAGGGCAAUCUGGCUUAAGCUAAGCAGAAUUGAUCUAUGCUUGCACUUGAAAUGCAAAUAGAUUCGGCAAAGUCCAUAUGCUGAGACUAUGGAGGGAAAAAUGUCUUUACCGACAGACAAAAGUUUCGCCAAAAAGCUCAAGUUGCCUUAAGGGCACCCCUCAUAGCUCGCCCAUAGGACGAAUGGUGCUCAGAAAUGGGGACUAUAAGUGCACAUCAUUUAAUCUAAUCAGCUGCUUGGAGCUCGAAUAAUACGCCGUCUUCUUACAAAAGAAAAUGAAAUCCCCUACGAAAAAGUUAUCCAGUCUAAUGUUCUUCCUUGCCUUAUCCAAUUAAUUCCAAGUCUAGAUGAGCAAUUUGCAUAUGAAGUUUUAUCCAAUUUACAAUAAAUAAAUAUAUAAAGCUUGUAUAGUCUGAGCCUUUUUAUAGCUUAUGCUAUGCAUACGACUCAAAACAUCACUCAAGGAUUUGACAAGCCAGCAUUUUUCGGCAGAGCAGGCUCUCUGAUUGGCAAAUCCGCGUGAUACUGGAGAUUUGCUAUAGUAAUUACCCGAGGAUGGCUCAAGAUAGCGCCAUCCUCGGGCAAUUACUAUAUCUUGGAGUUGGUUUUAUCAAGAAAUCUUGAUUUGUCAAUUCCUGGGAGAUGCUGGGAGUUGUCAGCACAGUUCAAGCCAUAGCAAAACUCAGGCUAUAUUAUGUUUAUAAUAUUUAAAGUCUAUAGUAAGGAUCAUUUUUCUCAAUGAGUAUAUGAAUUAUCUCAAAUCUUGCAGUAGGCGAAGAAUAUUGUAUUGAUUAUUUGCUUUCCCAAAGAUCAUUAGAAUUACUCAAUUUCAUUCUAGAAAAUUGCAAGUCAAUCGAGAUUUUCAGCCAAGUUAUGUGAGCAAUAGGAAAUAUUGCUGGAACUAACCACAGCUAUAGAGAUACUGUUAUUCAACAACUAAAUAUCGAUAAAAUUGCUUAUUUUCUCUAUGCUCAUGAAAGAGAGUUUUCAACUACGGAUUACCAGAACAUUGCAUGAAGUAUACAUAAUUUAGUUUCAAAUAAGCUGCCCCCUGAUUUAAAUAAAAUCAAACUUUUUAUCCCUUUUUUGCAAAAAAUCAUAAUAAAUCAAGAAGAUCAAUGGGUUUUGGAAGAUGCAUUAUCCUCAUAUUCAAUAAUUACUGAUAAAUAUUCUGAUUUAGAUAGCAGUUUUAACAGCCAAUUAUUAGCGAAAUUUUGUUCACUUUUAGACCACCAAAGCCGAAAAAUAAAUGUGUCUUGUUUAAAAAAUAUAGGAAAUUAUGCGACCCAAAAAAUAGACCAAGAUUUUGUUAUAAAAUCAGGAUUAUUUCCAAAAUUAAUCAGCUUUAUAGAUUCUUCUGAUAAAAUGAUCAGAAAAGAGGCUUAUUGGGUUAUGUCAAAUUUAGUUUUAGAUAGCAAUAUUUAUUUCAGCUAUCUAAUAAAUUCGAAUUUUUUUGAAAAAUUCAGAAAAACGUUAGAAAAUGAUAGCGUGGAUGUUAUAAAAGAAGCGGUUUGGGUUAUUUGUAAUUUUGCUGUUGUGAGUGAUUUUGAUCAAGCUAAAUGACUUAUUGACAAUAUGAUUAUAGACUUAAUUUUAGAAAAACUGCUAAUAAAUGCUACAAUUGGAGACGUAAUUUUUGAUGGGCUUUUAAACUAUAGCCCAGGGCAGCUAAUUGCUUGCCCUGGUAAACCAAUUGGAGGUUAACCUGAUGGAAAAGGUUCAGCACCAAAAGCUGGCAAUUAUAGGCACAGUUGUCUAAUUUUAGAGUCAGUUUGGUAACUUUUUCCUAACCAACUCCAAAAGUGAACCUCAAAUAGCAGCCCAUGGCGAGUAUAAGCAACCUUGGGCUAUAUUUCAAAUUUGAUAAUAUUCUUGAAAUUAAAGAAAUUUCAAGAUAUUUGGAAACGUUAGAAAAUGCUAAAAUCCAUAUUGGAAAUAAUGAUAAUUUAAAGCUAGAAAAAGUAUUACAGAGACUAAAUGAAAUGAAGAAUUGUACGGAUUUUGCAAUGGAAUAG